AGGAUAUUUGCGUUUGGAAUUUAUACAAUGUCUGCAUUUCAGAAAUCCAAUAUCUGCUGGUGUAACUGUCAUCCCAAUUCCUACAGAGAGAUACAAAAGAAAAUACAAAAUUAUUGUGCAGUAAUUAGGAAAAAUGGAUUGGGUUCAGCCAAUCCGCAGAACUCGCGAGAGCUACUGGUUCAUAACGAACAAAAGACGACACAAAUGGACGAUAAAGAUGCCUACGAAAUUUGCUGUAAGCUUCGAAAAAGACAGAGGGAGGAUAAUAUUGCUAGAAAACGAAAUCAACCUGUGCUGUUUGAAAAAAGAACCAAUCUGUAUGCCACACCCACUUUAAUAGCACAAAGAUCUCUGCCUCCUCUCACCAAACGACCUGUAAUUGUUAAGAAAAUAAAACCCAGAUGGCGUGAAGAGCACGAAGUAAAGCUUCAAGAAAAAGACGAUGACCAGGAAUUGGAAAGGCAGAAAUUUAUCAGCCACAAUCUCAAAAAACGUGAAGGGUUGGACAAGUUCCAUCAGCUUUUUGAUUUAAAUCAAAAUCAAACUGCUCGUCGGACCCCGGAAUGGCUAAAGAAGGAUAGUCCUUAUUAUAGUCCUUCUGAAACACUAAAACCUAAGUCUGUUCAAGAGAAGAAAAAGCCAAAACUAUCUUCCGCAAAGUUGGAGCAAAACUUGCUUCAGCAAUUUUCCAAAAAUCAACGACCUGUCAAGGAUCUUAAAGGAAUCAGGAGAGUUGAAACGCCGUUUGGCAGAUACCAGAAAAGCGAGAAAAACAGGGAAUUUCGAAGUUCAGAUCUUUUUGGGCCGAUGCUUAAAAAAGCAGGAGUUGUGAUCCCAGAACUGCACCCAACUCUCAGGAGCAGAUACAACCUUAAAGUUGCCACUUCUUUUGAGAAGGAUCAAAAAUCUGCUCAGUACACAAAACUAUUUUCUAAAAUGCUUAAGGGAAAGGCCUCAAAAACACCCGAGCUUCAUCCACUUCUAAAAUCAUCUAAUCGUUUAAAAGUUGCAUCAUCAACAGAUAUUUCAAAAAUCGAAAAUUCGCCGACACAGAUAUCAACUAAGGUCGGAGCGAAGUUUUCAUGGGCAUUUAGAAAAAUGAUUAAGAAACGGAGACAACCCGGAACAAAGAUUUUUAAAGAUCUAAUUAAAGACAGCGAUGUCGAGAUGCCUGAACUUAUUCCUGCUCUGAGAAGUAGGAUCCAAUUUGCUGAGCCACAGGAAAUUAAGAAAAAUGAGGAAGCAAAUAAGACUGGUCUAAAGAAGUCCGCACUAAAAAUAAACCUUAUACCAAAUUAUGGACUUCGUAGUUCGGAAACUUACAGGCAAAUGAAGGUCGGUAAAGAAAAAAAAGGUCCUACGAAACUAUUCCAUAAAAUGCUUAAGGGCAAAGAAACCAUAAUGCCAGAACUCAAUCCAAUUUUGGCAAGCAAUUACCGAAUAAAAACAAAAAAUAACACAAGUUCCGAAACUUGGGAACCUUUUAAGAGGCGACAGAUGUCCAAAGAUCACAAGUAUAUUAGACCUUAUGUGACCAAACUGAUGGACAAAGAAACUGAAGUUUCGGGACCGUUGGAGAAAACUGUGAUGCCCAAAGAAUCUAAAGUACCAGAACAUGAAUUAGAUGUUAAUACAUCACCAAAGCCCAAACAGCCAAGGACUCGACGACGAAAAUAUCGCUCCUCCUCAACCAGUGAUUUCUCGCUAAUGUCUAUUCGAUCUUCGAGGUCUCGCCAAUUGUUCUUGCCUGGCAGGAAAAUACACCUCAAGAAAUUCUACUACUACAUUAAAAAUUCUAAAGCGGAUCAAAACAUAGUGAGCCAGAUGAACUCGAAGCAUCCGAUUUCAUAUAUGAGGAGCGACAGAAGUUAUUUCUAUCGCAAGUCAUCUAUCCCGAGUAUAUCAAACAAGAAUAUGCGAACUGGCGGCUCUGUGAUCAGCACAACGAACAUCUCCAAUUCCUUGCUAUCGCCACGGAAGAGUCGGGAAAUGGAGCAGGAGGACGAGCCCAAUGACACCGAUGAAUUGUUGUUUGACACUUACCCGGAGGAGUACUAUCCGGACGAUGGCUUAAAGAAAUCAAUCAGCGAUAUGUUAGUUGGAAUUUCAAACAAGGCCGAAAAGGGCCACAAGAAAUCGUCAGCACCGAAGCGGGACAAGCACAAGCCCAAACCGAGUGAUAGCUAUUCGGAAGACUCCCGAAGUCGGCAGAGCAUCUUGACCAUGCGAUCGGUGGGCAACGAGAUCAAGAGCCGGGAGAGCCAGGAGUCCAAAUAUCAGAGCUUGAGGGAGCAGGUGCGACAGAGCUUCUACAUGGACGAGCGUGCCGCUGUGCAGGCACGCAUCCAGGAGCUAAUGAAGCAGGUUGCCAUACGCAAGGACUAUCGCCCACCCAAGCCACCGCGGGAUUUCAUGACGGAGAACAUUCUGGAGAUUCCAAAGAGGCCGGCGAUUAAAAAACCAGAGGUAGAAAAAAAGGUGAAACCGCGUAGAAAGUUUCCCACAUUAAAGAAGAUACUGACCGUACCAGAGGACUCUGCUAGUCUUUCAAAUAUCUCCAAACGGAUCUACAACAAGUAUUUCCCGGAGGCUCUGAAGCACUUGAACCCUUCGCAAUUGCAUUCCCAGAGACCACUAAGAAUUCGUCGGUACUCCGACCGGUUUUGGAAGGAACAGCUGGAUCGUUACCAAUCAAGAAAUCUUGGAAUUGACUAAACAAAGAAAAUUUGACUGAUGCAGUUUGCCUUCGGAAGGUUAUUUCCGCCUUCUUC